AAGGGGAAAGUGUCCAUGGAAAGUCAUUAAAUGACUAUUUUCCUUUUUUUUUCUUCAUCUCCAUAUCUGCGUCGUUUAAGAUUCAAUGUAAAACCAUCUCUAUUCCGAUGAUAUUGAGAUUUGAGAAAUAAGAUUCAAAGUUCUCUCCUUUUUUUUCUACUCUGGUCCAGAUGGAAAGGGAGGAAGUCUCAGUUCUGAGAUCAGAGGAUAAGGAGGAUAUAGAGAUGGCAACAGUCCCUGAUGGAAAUAAUGCCAUUGCAACACCAAAUAAGUUAUUUUCAUGCUCGUCUUGUGUCUUUUCCAACCAAGAAAACUGUAACUUGGAGUCAAAACAACGAUCCAAGUCGGCAGCCAAACUUUGUGGACUCAUAAGCUUCUAUGUUAUAGUUAUGGUUGUAGAGGUUGUUGGUGGAGUGAAAGCCAACAGCCUUGCAGUUAUCACGGAUGCAGCUCACUUGCUUACUGAUGUUGCUGGAUUCUCAAUCUCUCUCUUCACGGUCUGGGCUUCAGCUUGGGAGGCAACAUCAAACCAAUCUUUUGGAUAUGGUCGUCUUGAGGUUCUUGGUGCCCUUCUAUCCGUGCAGCUCAUAUGGUUGAUAUCUGCCCUCCUAAUUUAUGAAGCACUUGACAGAAUGCUUCACAAAAAUGCAACAGUGAAUGGGACACUGAUGUUUGCUAUUGCUGCAUUUGGAUUUUUUAUCAACUUAGUCAUGGUCAUGUGGCUGGGUCAUGAUCACACUCACCAUGGUUGUGGGGACAAAGACUAUGGUCACGUUGAGGGAGGGCAUUUGUGUACAACAACUGAAGAUGAAGAGGCUAGUCUGGUGUCAAGUUCUAAGGUAGAGACCAAGGUAAUGAACAUAAAUCUUCAGGGGGCUUAUCUCCAUGUCAUGGCUGAUCUAAUUCAGUCUAUUGGGGUGAUGAUUGCUGGAGCCAUUAUAUGGGCAAAACCAAACUGGUUGCUGGUUGAUCUUCUCUGCACCCUUGUCUUCUCUACAUUUGCUCUGUUUCCUACCGUACCAAUGCUUAGAAAGGUAUUUGGUAUUUUGAUGGAGAGGACACCAGCAGAUAUUAGUGUUGAUAAGCUGGAAAGCAGUAUAAAGCAGAUCAAGGGAGUCCAAGACGUUCAUGACCUUCAUAUUUGGUCCAUAACAGUAGGGAAAAGUAUAUUGUCAUGUCAUGUAGUAGCAGAGCCUGGAGUCAGCCCUGGUGUAUUACUUUGCCAGAUUAGGGAUUACUGUGAAAAGGCAUACAAUUUUAAUCAUAUUACCAUACAGAUUGAGUGAGUAAUGAAUAGCAAAGUACAGGUUUCUUAACAAGCCUUGUGCCUGAUCUCUGUUUAGAUUUUAUUUUCCUGCAUUUACUGAGAAUAAAAACAUAGAAUAUCA